AUGACCCGACAGCCCGAGUCCCGACACCCCGACCGUUCAAUACGUCAGGAAUUGAGAUUCGAGAAAGGGGCCCAAGCUCCCAAUGACGGGAAGCUUCAAGCUCCGGAGCUGUCUGGCUUGUCAAACGACCUCGACCACGAAAAUGCUAUUAACGAGAGUUCGAGUAGCGCCAUCAAAGUGUUUCCUAGUGGCAAAGGGAACAUUCUCAGCUACCUCGACACCACGCCCCCGAACCCUAGAUUGGCCAUUGGCACGACCUCAUCGAUUCCACCAACACCGCAGACGUUCACCGAGAACCGCGAAUUUCUAACCAUCCUGACCGACGUCCUCCGGAAGCACGCCGCCCAAGACCCGAACCUCAAAAGCCAAGCUCAAGCUUUCGCAGGACCCGGCGGAGCGACACUCGGAUCAGGAGGCGCUUUCUUCCCUGGACAGCGAAAGCAACGACGUACAAAGGGGAAUGCUGCAGGCCUGGGUGGAGGGGGAGGAGCCGGUGGUGGUGGAGGCGGCGGAGCGAGUGCUCAGGGAGGUGCUGGCGGCGGUGGAGUCGGGGGCCACGUCCAUCUCAGUGAUCUGAGGAAUCCACCUGACUACGGCCGGAUUGCUUGGCCGGAGGAUAUUCUCGGCAGCAUCGAGGUCGAUGGGGGUGGAAACAUCGUAGGAGAGUUUGAACCCAGUGGGACAUACCGUAUCAUCACCAAUGAGGGAAUCUUGGGACUUAGCGACUUUAUGCGAGCGAAACUCGUGGAAAGGCUCAAAGAGGAGGAGAGAAAGGGUUGA